AUGCUAAAAACUCCUACACGGAGAUGUAAAUCUGUAGAUUCAGAUGAUCCUUUUACUCCGAUUGCUGAUAGAAUUUGUGAGUUUAUUCUUUGAAUUUUUUUUUGAAAGUUUAUAAUUAUUUCAGUAUCUGUACAACAAACUCCAUCAACAUCAAAACAAUAUACAUGUCCAAUAAGAGUAACGCCAGAACCCGAAAAUGUCGAACCAUCUACGAAUUCAGAGAAAAUAUCGCCGAUUACAGGUGAAUGGGGGCUUUUUGGAAAAUUUUUGAAAGGUUCCGAAUUCUAUUAA